AGAGCCGUGUGUGUGUCUGUGUUGUUGUUCCGCGGCGGCGGCGGCGGCGGUAAGAUGGCUGCCCACGGGGGCUCCGCGGCGUCGUCGGCGCUGAAGGGGUUAAUUCAGCAGUUCAUGGCCAUCACCGGUGCAAGUGAAAGUGUAGGAAAACAUAUGCUUGAAGCUUGUAACAACAACCUGGAGAUGGCGGUCACUAUGUUUUUGGAUGGUGGAGGAAUUGCUGAGGAGCCCAGUACCAGUUCAGCAAGUGUCUCUGCAGUCAGACCACACACAGAAGAAGAAGUUCGUGCCCCAAUUCCUCAAAAACAAGAAAUAUUGGUGGAGCCAGAACCUUUGUUUGGUGCCCCUAAAAGACGAAGGCCUGCACGUUCAAUAUUUGAUGGUUUCCGAGAUUUUCAAACUGAAACUAUUAGGCAAGAACAGGAAUUAAGAAAUGGAGGAGCAAUAGAUAAGAAACUAACCACCCUUGCAGAUCUGUUCCGGCCCCCAAUCGACUUGAUGCACAAAGGCAGCUUUGAAACAGCCAAAGAGUGUGGCCAGAUGCAGAAUAAGUGGCUGAUGAUAAACAUUCAAAAUGUACAAGACUUUGCAUGCCAGUGCCUCAACCGUGAUGUGUGGAGCAAUGAAGCUGUGAAGAAUAUUAUCCGGGAACAUUUUAUUUUCUGGCAGGUUUAUCAUGACAGUGAGGAAGGUCAGAGAUACAUACAGUUUUAUAAACUAGGGGAUUUCCCCUAUGUUUCCAUCUUGGACCCACGGACAGGUCAGAAGCUAGUAGAGUGGCACCAAUUAGAUGUAUCUUCUUUCUUGGACCAAGUAACAGGGUUUUUGGGUGAACAUGGGCAACUGGAUGGACUUUCUAGCAGUCCCCCCAAAAAAUGUGCCCGAUCAGAGAGCCUCAUAGAUGCCAGUGAAGACAGCCAGCUGGAAGCUGCCAUCAGAGCCUCUCUGCAGGAGACACAUUUCGACUCAGCACAGGCAAAGCAGGAUAACCGCUCAGAUGAAGAAUCUGAAUCAGAACUUUUUUCUGGCAGUGAGGAAUUCAUAUCGGUUUGUGGCUCUGAUGAAGAAGAGGAAGUAGAGAAUCUUGCUAAGUCUAGAAAGUCUCCUCAUAAAGAUCUGGGGCAUAGAAAAGAGGAGAACAGAAGGCCACUGAUUGAGCCCCCAGCCAGAACUGAGCCUGGCACAGCCACAAACCAUCAAGGAUUGCCAACCAUGGAUCCUGAGCUCUUGGAGAUGUCACCUGAAAAGUCAGACGGAAUAGUGGAGGGGAUAGAUGUAAAUGGACCAAAAGCACAGCUAAUGCUACGGUACCCAGAUGGAAAAAGGGAGCAGAUCACUCUUCCAGAGCAAGCUAAACUGCUGGCUUUGGUGAAGCACGUCCAAUCUAAAGGAUAUCCAAAUGAACGUUUUGAACUUCUUACCAAUUUCCCUCGGAGGAAGCUCUCUCAUCUGGACUAUGACAUUACCUUACAAGAGGCAGGCCUCUGUCCUCAAGAGACUGUCUUUGUACAGGAAAGAAAUUAACACCAUGACCUGACCUCUCUCAGCUUACCCCUUCUUCCCUUUUCCUGUGAGGUACCAUGUCACUAAGUAUGCAUUUGGCUCAUAGGACUAUAGAGCCGAAGCUGGACAAGCAAGUCACCUGCCUUUCCUUUAUUUCUUUCUCUCACCUGCUUCUCUCUCUCCCCUCUUCCUCUGUGAUUUUCUUCUUUUUCUCUCUUUCUUAUCACAUGUGACCAAAUGGAAGUGUAAAGAUAAGGAUAAGGUCUCUCCCAGUGCUGGCAGCAGGAAAUGUGUGUUUUAAUAAGUGGUCUCUUUUGUGGCACCUUUUUGGUAUCUAGUGGUGUUAACCAUAGACUCUUAUGACAAAGAAUGGCUAGAAUCAGAAUUAAAAAACAACCCCCAUUUUUGGUAGGUAAAAGAAAUUGUCUUAACAUACAUUUUGUUUUUCAUAUAAGAAGAUCUCCUAAUGAAGUAUCCAGGCUUUUGUUUAUGUGGAGAAGAUCCCCUAUACUAUUGCUCAUCAUAGUUAAAGUUCCCCCAGGGUUCCCAUCUUCCAGUUACAAGAGUUAUUUCCAUGAUGUGUGUUGUUGGCAGAAUGAAUGCUUAAUGUAUUGUGUAGCACAGGGUGGCUUUCAGUGUCCUAGCCUGGGACAGUUUUCUUUAUUAUUGCUCUAUUAGUUGUAUUCCUCCGUCCAGUCCUAGGAUGAACCUUUAGUGAGCGUCUUGUGUCUGGGCUAGGAAGGUGCUUGCUGUUUUGCCUGCACAGCCAAUUAGUUCCUUUGUUUUCAUUGUCCGAGUCUGUAGUGUUCUGUAGGAAGGCAGGUGUUCAAUAAUCAUGUAGUACAAUGCCUAUAAUUGUAAACACUGUGGUUAUUGAUUGUCCUAUGUGCUUAAGGCGUACUUAGGUAUGUCCUGGGGUUGGGGGGUGGGCAGGGCGGGGGAACCUGCAGCUGAGAGUUGCUAGUGAUGUUCUUUUGAUUAGAAAUAGUGAUUUUGUUUUUUAUCCCCAACUGGAAAUACUCUAAAAUGCUCUGGUAACUAAAUGACUUUAAUUCCUCAUGCUGUUUUAUUCUAUAAAAUUUUAAAACUGAAAGCCUCUGAUAGGAAGACCUUAAAACUCAGUUCAUAAGACUACAGUUAGUAAGAAGGACAUUACCAGUAACCGUCAGAUGUGAGUCUUUUUCUGCCAACAAGUCGACAUUCAAGUUGUAUUUGGUGAAAGCUUUUUUCAGUAUUAUUUAGAAGAGGCCACCUGUUUUGUACAGCACUAUAUUAUCAUCAGCUUUACUCUGUGCUCAGUUCUUUCCUUGAGCUUUUAGAUAGAGUGCUUCAGCAGAACUAUAGUGGUUGGUGGGAAAUAAAACUUGAAACUGCUUAUAAAACCAUUUCUAUAGAAUGACCUGUCUUGUCAAUCGGAGAUUUCGAUUGAUUCUUGUACUUGAGGAACCUUUGGGUUCCUGUGCACGUGCAGGUUGCUCUCUUGGUAACUAGGGAUUAAAAAGAUAAGCUAAAGAGAUGUGGUAUGUUACUGGUGUGCGAUGUAGAAUAUGGUUGUUAAUGAUUAGAGUUUGAGGGACCUCCUAACGAAUGGUUAUGUAUCUCCUCAAGGAAAUCAUGGGAAAUUCUGUUAUUUUUCAGUGAGUCCUUUUGAAUUAAUGUUCUUACAUUUUUUUCUAAGUCUGUGUAAGUGCUUAUGUAUAAGUAUAUAAUUGUAUAAAUAUUUAUAAAUAUAUUUAUAUAAUUACAAUUUCAUUUAUACUUUGAGUCAAAGUUCUCUCUUUAGAUUGGUGACUGAAUAAUACCACUUUGGUGUUUUUAUAGCGCUUGAGGCUUAACCAACAGUUUGGAUAUAUUGAGCAAGCAUGUUAAUUCCUCAGUUGUAGCUUUGAACUUGAAUAAAAACUGUCUGAGGAAUGGAACUGUAUACUCUCAAAUGUGUAAAACUAACAGUCAAGGUAAGCAGCCUAAAGCCUUCAGGAGCCACAGGGUAAAAGUGAGAGCAUUCUCAGCUUUGCUGUGCUGGCACCAUCUCCACUCGCAGCACAGGCCCAGCUAAAGCCCAAACCAGUCAAGAGUUGUCCCUUCAAGGGCUCUGCUUUGUUCUCUAUAGAGUAACCUGUCUUGAGAACCUGAGGCAGGAUGUUCAGAGUGAGAGGGUGUAUGCAGUUCUUUCUUUCUUUUUUUAAAAAAUAUACUUAGCAUUGGCAAAUCCAUUUAUGAGAAAUUAAGAUGACUGAGUGUCUAUGUGUGUUAACAGGGCAUUGCACGUUUAUCAAGCUUAGGAUGAUGAGCUGUGGGAGAUUUUACUCCUUUUGACCAGGAUUGGCCCAUGGAAGGAGGAGUUAUGGAUAUACAUGAGAAAAAUAAAUGGGAAUAUUGCCUUGCUCACGUAUUUAAUCUAUGUAAGAAGUUUGUCUUUGUUCUUCUGCAUGUUAUUUUUCUUUCAAGGGAGAGCUUUUACUGGACAGUUAUGUGAAAGCUGUGUGAGUUAAGCAUAGUGGUUCCCUAUCGGAGUAGAAACAGCUCAGAAGUUUUUAAAGGAGGAAAGGGACAAGAUAAACUGGAGAGUGACAUAUAAAGAAAGGGAAUGAACUCGUGAGAGAAAAGCUGUCUCAACUUGAGCACGGUUCCUGCUGAGGGCAGAGCAGGACUGGCUGUGAGGAGCUAGCGUGUGCUGUGUGACGCGUGUUUCCUCCUUCCGUCGUCAUGCAGACCUACAUGGUAUACGCUUCUCAUUUAUAAAUGAGGAAGAAAACGAAUUCAUGCAGCUUGUGCAGUGUGUCGUUACUGCUAAGGGCCAAAUUAGAAUUAGAGCCCAAAGUCUGUUCCUUCCCCUUGUGUGGUAUAUUAUCUACGUCAGUUGGAGUCCCUUUACUCUACGGUCAUCUUUUAUAUGAGGCUUUGUCAGCUGAAGGGUUUUGUUUCCUUAAAGCGGGAAGGGAUAGUUGGGGUCGAGAUUGUGGGAUUUGUACUAUCCUUAUAAAAUCUUAAUUAUGCCAUUUUUAACAGACAGGUAUCCGUUGUUUUUUAAAAAUAAUUCAGUAAGAAAAAUAACUGCAACAUUAUUUGCCAAGAAUAGAUGGAAAACAUAGAAAGAUUUAAAAAAAAAAAAAAGAUACAAUUAUCUUUUCUGAUAGAUUGUUCAUGAUAGGUUAUUGAACAACCUUUGUUUUUCCUUUGGUUUUUUUUUAUCUUUUUGCUUUGUUCUGCAUACAAUUCUACUGUAUUAACACUCUAUUGAGUCUGUAGUCAAACAUCGGAAAUAUUUUGAAAGCUAAGAUCUCUUUGAAUUGUUUCAUCCAAUUAAGGAAUCAUCUGUAUACAUGGAUAACAGCAGGAAGGUGAGUGUUAUCCCUUUCAGGGUUGAACUGUGAUAAUAGGAACUCAGGAGGGAAGGAUAGUGUAGGUUUAAUUAGGGGUGUUCUCCCAGAGAAGAAAAUGGACAGUAGCAAGCCAGGUGCUGUGACUCGUUCUUGAUUCUGCCUCUUUAAAAUAGUAGAUUUGAAGCAUUAAGUUUAUCCGUAAGUAAAGACCUUUGUCCAAAUAAUAAAGAAUUUUAAACUCAAGUACUAGAAAUUCUUUAAUUAGCAGGCAUCUCACUUGAACACUAGAGAAAAAUACCGGAGGGCUCCUGAAAAAUGAAGGCAGGAUUUCUCUCCUUGGGUACAGUACAUGGUGUUUGAUCCUGGUGGGCUUAUUACACUUGGGUAACAACUUUGCUUCUCGUUAUAUUGGCAAGUUACUUUCCUUCUCUGACUCUAGAAUUUCUUGUUUGAAAAACAGAGAAGCGAGAAAAAAGUAAACAGAAUUGGACUAGAUUAGUUCUACCUUUUGAAGUCAGAGGACUUUAGAUGUUUUUAAGUUUUGACAUGAGUGGAGAAGGAUAGGGUUAACUACUAGUAGAAUUAACCUCAUGGAAGAAGUGUGUCUGGAAUCAUAGCCCUUACAGAUAAAAAUAUCCCCAAAGUAUUAUGCAUUUGGUCUCUCCCUUUAUUUUAUUCUCAGACUAAUUAAAGUGUUAAAAGUGUACUUGUUAAUCAGUUUCUUUGAUUUUUUUUCUGUGUCCAAGUAUCUUUUACCCAGUCUCUUAUAGACCUCACUGUGAUGAUGAAAUCACAAAGCAGAGUACAGUAUACAGAUCUAGUGAUCUUUAAACAGCCAGUUAUUUUUUAAAAACUUAAUGCUGUAAGCCUACUGAGUGUUAAAAAUGACUGAAACAUGAAUGUGAAGCAGAUGUCCCCAGCACUGGAGCUGAAUUUGUGUGCUUUAAGCUAGGUACUGGCUCAGCAGUUGUGUAAUUUGUGAAAUUCACACUUGGUUUGGGCAGAUGCGACCUUUUAAGAUUUCCAUUAAGCUGAUGUUUAAAAAUAGUUCUUGUCCUAUAGAGUGGAUCUUUGUAGUGUCACACCAUUUAGAGAUCAUUUGUUUACUUACUUAAUAGUAAAUUACGGAGUACAAAUUUAUGAGUAAUGCCUUGUGUAAAACUAAAACUUGAAAAGUAAUAAGGAUAGGAAGAAUGAGCCUCUCAGGGGCUCACACUUUUCCAGAAGCUUAAGCUGCUACUUUCAGUCUCUACCACUUGAGUGACCACCUCUCCUAAAGGCCAUUGGGCGGUGAACGAAUAUUCAACAUUAUUGGUUUGCCUUACUUGAUAUUUCAGUUGUUUACUGUGAAACCUAGAAUCCCUAGUUCAGAUUUUAGAAUGGGGCGGGAAUGUUCUUUAGAACUCAAAAUAACCAAAGAGUACCAUUCUAAUAUAUUGAUUUCUCCUGUAAUACAGAGAUUUAGUAUUUCAAUGAUGAUUAUUUGUAUUUUAGACUCACCUUUGUGUUAGUCCUGGUAAUGAGACAGCUUAGAAUUAAGAGGUAUUCGGUUCAUUUAUUUUUAAGAGCAGAGAUUAUUAUAGCUUUGGUUAGUUUCUCCAUUAAAGAGCUUGGGUGCCUAGGUUAUUGGAUAUGAUGAAACCCUGAAGUGAAACAACCUUUUAAUCUUUCUUCUCCAUUCUCUUUUUUGUCUUAAUUUGUUUUGUUUUCAAACAUUUAUGUAGUUCAAGCUAGCCUCCCCUCUACCCAGGACACAGUUUCUGUAGGUAGUCCUGGCUGUCUGGAUCAGGCUGGCUUCUUAAGUAACUGUAUAGUUGAACAUGACCUUGAACCUCUGGGUCCUCCUUGGAUUACAGUUAGCCACCAUGCCUAUCUUUUAGUUGUAUUUCUAAGCUUUAAUAUAUAGUAUUUCUCUCUUUCUCUCCCUCUCCCUCUCCUUCUCCCUCUCUCUCUAGCUUUGAAGUCUUUCCUAGAACUCAUUCUCUAGGUCAGGCUGGCCUCAUACUCACAGAGAUCCACCUGCCUCUGCCUCCUGAGUGCUGGGAUUAAAGGCGUGCACCACCACCACCCGGCUUCUCAUUUUUUAUAAAUUAAUAUAGAAGGGAAUAUAUUGAGGCAAAUAUGCUUUUUACAGCUUCUUUCUUCCUAAGGAGAAUUCACAUUCCAAGUAAGAGGAUGGCUGACUCUAUAAUAAGCCCCCCAAGGCAGUUUGUUUAUUUAUAGAUUUUUGGUUGCCCUACCUAAACCUCACCAUUCUCAUAAACAUUUUGUUUUUUAAAGAUACAACUGCUAAACCAGUACUUAGUUUAAAGCACACUCAGUAGCCUAGGCUGGCCUGGAACUCACUAGCCUAGGUUGGCCUUGAGCUCUUCUGGGCUUAAAAGUACAAGCCAUAUACCUGGCUUAACCUUAUUAAUUUUGACUGUGUUUUUAAUAUGGCUCUUAUACCAUAUAACCCCAAAAUAAGCUUGAGUUCUCCAUAUGCACUAAUUACUUGAUUAAACAUAGUGAAGAAGUUCACAGAAAUUUGCUUGUGGGCUGGAGAGAUGAGAACUUGUUCUUACAGAAGUCCUGGGUUUGAGUCCCAGAAACCACAUAGCAGCCCACAACUGUCUGUAAGUCUAAUUCUAGGGUAUCCAACUCUUCUGAAUCAGAGGUCACUAGGCAUACACAGGAAACUGAGGCAGGAAGAUUUAGUAGUUCCAUGUCAGUGUGGAGUUAUGUUCCAAGAUUUUGACUCAAAAAUAAAAUUCUCCUUGCCUCAUCCUUUAUUGAAUAUACCUGUACUUUACUGUGGCAUGCAUUUGUACAUCACAAUGCUCUUCUAGCUCCAACUAAAUACAGUCUUUCAAGAAUUAUAAUUAAAACUACUAUAAUACCACAAACAAGUGUCUGUAUGAACACAGGUCUUACUGCUCUUGAGAAAAAUAGUGAGAUGUGGAAUUCCUGAUCUAUAUAGUGAGUUUAUGUUUGAUUUUAUAAGAAGCCAGAAAUUACGGAACCAGAGAUAUGACUCAGCACUUAAGAGUACAUGCUAUCCUUGCAAAGGACCUGGUUUAUUUCCCUAUACCCACAUGGUAAGCACAACCAUCCAUAACUCCAGUCCCAGGGAAUCCGAUGCCCUUGUCUAACCUCUGAGGCCGCUAGGUAUGUAUGUGGUACACAAAUAUACAUUUAGGCAAAACAGUCAUACACACAAAGUAAAUAAAAAUAAAAAAUUUUUUGGAGAACCAGUAUUAGUAUUUUGCCUAAGAACAAUCACAUUAUAAGUACGAGAAGUUACAUCAUUGCACUUAAUUCUUUGGCAGUUAUAAAGCAGACCUUUAUUGUGUAAUGGUACUACUACUAGCAGUUAGAUUGCUCUAAGGUUUUAUAUGCCUUAUAAGGUCACUUAGGUUUUCCAGUGGGAAGACGAGCCCAGCUAAACUGGGUCAAUAGGUAAUGCUGGUGUGUAUUCAGAAUCCAGGGUUGGAUUCCCCAGCAUUCCCAAGAACAGUUUUUAAUCUAGGAUAGCAAGAGUCAGUUAUUUAUUAUUAAAAAUUGGGAACUGUUUUAAGUAAGAUAAGUUCUGGCCUGAAAUUUUCCCUUUCUCAGAAUCCUUUAUUUUUAAUUUUAUUCAUAGGCUCGUUUGGGAAUCUUAACUGAUAGGGAACCAUUCACUCUUGUGCUGGAUUCUUUCUUGUGUCAAGAUUGCUGAUGUUACAGUGUGUGUCCCCAGGAUGAAUUUCAAGCUAAUGACAGAAUAUUUAUAUUCAGUUGUAUACCAUGCUUUCAACAAAAUGAGUUUAUGGUUUGCUUUUCUCAUAGCUGCUGUUUUCUUACCAAUAAAAUGUCAAAUACUAAAUGAUGUGAUUUGAAAUGCAAAUAGGCUUAUGAAGCUAAUCAUAUACUUUUAACUGUGUUGUUGUUCUGCUGCCUCCAGAGAGGCCCCAGCUUGACCAGCUAAUUAGAGAAAGUAGCCUGUGACCUCCACUUUUCUUUCAUGAUAAGCCUAUGAUGGGAGCUGUGUAUCUGCGUUGGCAGACUUGUACCUUAUUUUGUAGGUCUACCCCUCCAGUUCAUAAAGGCUAUUUAUAGCACCUGGCAAGCAGAUAGGACAGCUGUGAGAUAACCUCCAGCCUCAGAUGUGGAGAGUUGAGUGCUGUUUGAUACUGACAUGUGUAGACCUUGGGGUGCUCUAAGUGUUGACAUGAAUAUUGGACAUAAGUUUUCCACUCCUGAGAAUUCUUUUUUUUUCCAAGCAAUUUUUCUGUUGGUUAUUAACAAAUUCUAAGGAUCUAGACUUUUUUUUUUCCCUUUCUUAACUGUUAAGAAAGUCCUUUUUCUAGUAAGUGUUGCUUUGUGGAAACUUUCAGAGUAUUUGUGAUCUUUGCAUGUUUUGUAAGAGUUCAGUUUGAACAAUGCAUUUAGAAUCAUCUGGGAUGCCCAGUUCUGGCACGUCUUCGCUAUUUGUGUUUUUAAACAUGUCUGUUGUGUCUUUUUCCAAACCUCACUUCCGUAAUUGAAGUCAAUUUGGGGUAUUUACUUUACAAGUGUUUUUCUAGCAGUUCUGAACACAGUGUUUAGAUGUUUCCUGGGCUGUUUGUGCGCUCAGUUUGACCUGGACAUUGGUGGUCUUACCGAGAUUUGAAUUCUUAUACAGGUUCUAAAUUUAAUAUAUAGUUCAGCCUGUUGCUGAAUCCAAGAAAAUAGUUGACAAAGCUAGUUCCUGUGAUGUGUUUCUGACCAGUGCUCCCUACUAUGGGUGUUUAGUUUUCAGGUUUCUGGGCAUUAAUUCCACAGUACUAUGAGAUCAUUUAUUGUUAGAAUGCUUCCCCAAAUUGGAAUGAAGAC